UUAUUUAAUAAAAUUAAAUACAAUGUUCCUUUAUUUGUAUUUCAUAAUUCUAUAUAAUUAAAUAUUUAUUUUUUGCGGUUUGACGGAAAAAAGAUUCUAUGGUAUUCGUAGGAAAACUUAAUGUUUUGUAGUUUUAGUAGAAAAAUAAGAUUUUGCACAAUUUUUUAAAUGGUUUUGGCAGGAAUUUUUAUAUAUAGUUUUGGCUAAAAACUUGUUUGGCGAGAAAAUACACAUCUUUAGGGCUCUUUUUUCACACAGAAAUUAGAUUGUUUUUGAAAACAACUAUAAUGGAAUUCUAGUUGCGUUAUUUGAAGAGUAUUUUUGUCUCUAUUCUUCAUUGUUUCAUUUAAUCACGGAAUCUUUGUUGUAUACUGUAAUCUGGAAAAUUAGCAUAACAAUUCAUAGAACUCUUCUAUGUUAUAUUCAAUUAUAUUGGUCAUAUUCUUAUACUUAUAAAAAAAUUUACAUUAAUUAAAAAAUAUAUAUAUUGGUCAUAUUCUUAAUACUUAUAAAAAAAUGUUGUCGCUCUUCGAACCGUAAUAGUAGAUCGCUUCAUGAGAAGAAAAGACAAAAAUCCUUAUCAAACGGGCCACCACUGUGAAAUUUAUAUAAACAUAAAAAAUUAGGUUAGUAUUUAUAAAUGUAUACAGUACAAAGUUGACCUCACAAGUUACAAUGUAGUAAUUAUUUAAAGUAUUUUCAAAUAAUAACAAAUGAUGCUAGGAUCGAGAAGGACGACUUAGUAGUUAAAGAGUCUAUCAACUUCCUCUUAAAGGGUCUCUCUCUAUAUAAACUUAACGCCCAUGGUUUCACCAUAGAUCCAGAAAAUCCUCAAACAACAGAUCAGAAGAUAAAAGACAUGAAGCAACAACGUUUUUUGGUCGCCUUCUUCGUAGUCCUUUUCAGCUUCCUCCUUUUUGUGUAUCUGAGUGAAGGAAAAUCAGAAGUUGCAGAGGACUAUUGGAAGAAGAUGAUGAAGAGUGAGCCAUUACCUGAACCAAUCAAAGAUAUUCUCAACAAUCCUUUUAGGACAGGACAAGAGAGGUUCGCUAAGAAUUUCAACACCAAAUCUGUCGUCAUUAUCUACCACAAUCCUAAUGUAUAAUUGAUUAAAUCUAUGUAUCGGGUUAUACAUGCACGUGUAUGUGUGUGUUAUUUAAGCAAAUAAGAUAAUAACAUCUGCUUGAGUUGUUGUUCUACCAAUAUAUUCACAGUGAAGAAAUGUUAACCCUAGACAUAGUACCAGCCAAGUCAUAUAACACCUAAGACACCAAAAAAUGAUUCCUUUGACCAUAACCAAAAAAAUACUGUAUCAUUCAUAAAAUCAAAAUAAUGCAAGAUUUUUUCGAUAAUUUCUGAUUUUAUUUUCUGGGCAACAGUUUCUAAGAAUCUAUGAAAAAGUUAAAACGCAUGAAAUCAUACUCCUAAUGAGACAAAAAUACAGAGGUUACAAUGUAGUACAAAACAAUGGGUAGUAAUUCUUUUUGAAUCAAGUAGAGAACACAUGAUUUGGGAGAUAAGGCAAAAUGCAAUCAAUAAUGGACAGAAUCUGGUGGAAUUUCAAUUAAAACUGAGAAAGAAGAAUUGAAUAAGAAGAAAUUGAAUCGUUACAAAUGUUUAUAUAUAGAGAGAAGGAUACUAUUUGUAUAUUUUAAUUGAAUUAUUUCUCUUAUAUAGUUUAAUAUAAUAGUACAGUAUAAAAAUGGGAAUUAAAAAUUCAUCAUAUCCUUAUGAAUAUUAUAAGAAAAACGAAGCAAAUUGUGAAAAUAUAAGGUUCAAACCUAUUACUCGGAGUUUAAUCAAAAUUAUACUAAAGAGUUUAAUUAAAACUAGAUCUUGACGAUUAUUUUCAUUUUAUACAUAUGAAUAUUUGAUUCACAUGAUUAGUGGUAUAUAAUUUUAAUAUUUACCAUAUUACUAAUAGUUUAAUAUAAUAUUUUCAAACACAAUAAUUUUAUAAUUUUCAUGUAGUAAUUUAAUUUAUUAUUUCAAAUUAUUAGUGAUAUCUCUCUUAUUAAAACAUGAACACUAAUUAAAAUUUUACAUUAUGUGAUAUUUUACGACAAAUUAUGUUCAAUUUAAUAUUAACUUAGAUAUUAUUUUUUUUAAGAUCAUUCUUGUAUUUUAGUUUUUGGUCAUAUAUGUAUGUAAAUCAAAUUAUAUGUUUGAAUUAAAUCUUUGACCGAAUAACCAAUAUUAAGUGUAAUUGAUAAAUUGUCUACUUCAUUUAAAUUAUUAAACCAGAAAUUGUAAUGCAUUGUGUUUUUUGUCCUUUUAAACCUGAUUUUGUCCUUUUAAACCUGAUUUUUUCUUUAUUAUUUAUGUUUCUUAUGUUGUCCAUUGCUGAUUUACACUUUUCUACCCUAAAACUCUUGGAUAAUUUACAAUAAUUUUUUCAAUGUUAAAUCUACAACUACAUUUGAUAAUAAAUACACUGAAAACAUAAGUAAGUCUAUCAUUUAUGUUAAUGACAUAAAUUGGUACAAUAUCUAUUGCACUUUAAAAUUUGCAAAAGAUAAAAGAAACACAAAAAAUUACAUCAAUAAAUAAUAUAUGAAUAUGGUCUAUAUAAAAGUAAGCUUAAUUAGAUUUUUUAUAAACAAAGCAGUCAUAUACUUUAAUUAUUGAAAUACAAAAUUAAACCAGUCACUAUAUUUAAUAGCAUAAACUUACUGCACUUUCAAAAUAGCAUUUGUAGACCGAUCAUUCAUAUUGAUAGCAUAUUUUCAACAAUGUGGUACAAAAAUCUAAACUAGCAAAUCUUAAUUGUUAGAGAUCAAAUAUUUAAUUGAAAAUACUAUGUUAAAUUAAUAUCACAAAUUUAAUACAAAAUUGUUGAUGAGUUUAAUAUAAUUACAAAAUUAAUUAGAUACUUAAAGGUUUAUUUUAGUAAAAAAUGAAAUAUACGUUUAUAUUUUAAAUAAUUACAAAAUUAAUUAAAUAUUUUAAAGGUUUGUUUAAGUGAAAAAACUAAAUAUACAUUUAUUUUAAAAUAAAUACAAAAGUAAUUAAAUACCUUAAAAUAUUUUCUUUAAAGAAAAAUGAAAUAUAUAUUUAUAUUGUAAAUAAAAAGAUAUAAAAGCUUUUAUCAGUUAUAAUUCAGAGAAAAUAUGGAAAUAACUAUUUGAUUUUUUUUAGAAUACUUAAAAUAAUGCAAAUAUGUAUACAAAAAUUCAUUUAAAUAAUUUUUUAAGAGAUGGUCCAAAAAGAAAUAUCUCAUAUGAAAAGAAGUUGUGACUUCUAUUUUAAUAAGUAUAGAUGAUGCUCCAAAAUCAUAGGUAAUAUUUGGCAUCUAAACCCUUAGGUUCGUUGGCUUACUUUACUCAAGGCUAGACACUCCACGUCUUGAUUUUCGAGGAGGCGCAGCAAUCUCUCUACUUCGAUGCCGGUGGAGUCUCUGGCCACCAGAGUUGGGCUUCAUGUUCCGUCCGUAGAUUGUCACCCUCCUGAGUUCAUCUUCUUCUUUAACUUCCCACUUUUGUUUCUCCAUCAUCUCCUAUGCUGCUAGUGCUUCUUAAGAUCUGCUGGUCGUCACCACAUUCUCUACUCCUUCCUGGUCACCGGCGUCUCCCUUGUUUUAUUUCUGGCGAGUGUCGACAUUACACUCCACUUGUGCAUCGUCUCUGUGUCCCCUUAAUCAUGUGCUCAUCUUUCCCAUCUCUAUUGUUCUUACCAUGUCUCCAUCAGAACGGAGUCCAGCAACGUCACCUCUCCUUUGAGCUGCCGGAUCCAUCCUGUCCAUCCGGCACACCACUACUUAGGUGGAGUCCAUGUAUUUCAUAGAGAAUCUUUGGGACAUAGAAUUGACAAGAGCUUGAAGGAAACUUGUGUCACUUCCUGUAAGAAUAUGUCAUCAACAUAGAAAAGUAAGUCCAUGGUCUUGUUAUCUAUGUGGUAUGUGAACAAUGAAGGAUCAGGUUACUGCACACAAAGCCAAAAUCAAUUUUAAAGUUGUUAAAUAUAUCAAACAAAGCCUAAAAGCUUGUUUGAGACCAUAGAGAACUUUGGCAAGUUUGCAAACAUAAUAUGGCCUCUAUAUAUCAACAAAACCUAUGCGUUGAUACA